CUCUCUCUCUCUCUCUCCCUCCGCCUGUCUGGGUCCUCGGCUGUCUGAAGGGGUCCGGGAUUGUGUGCGAGUGACCACAUUCCACUAUGGGACAGACUGACAAACUUCGGAGGAAAGUUGUGAAGAAGUUUGCCUGGGAGUUUUGGGGACUGUUGCAUGUGCAGCUGGAGGAGUUUUUCCCCGGCCAAGUCGGAGCAUGGAAUUACUGAGGAAGCUCGCACUUCUCAUCUGCUAUCUCGGCUGCUUCGGGGACCUGCCCGGCUCCGAGCCGGCGGCGCUCGGAGACCCGUCCCGCGGCGGCCGCAAGAGUCAGACCGGGCUCCGCCAGGGCAUCGCCGGAGCAGCGCCAAGCAAGAGGAACCCCGCCGGGAAGGGGCCGAACCUCGGAGCCGGGAGAUGGAGCCCCGGGGUCGGCAGAGGGAGCGCAGGCGUUAGAGCGGCAGCAAGUGACAGGGUCCGGCCCGGGGAGGGGGAGAAAGGCAAGGGCGAGGGCGGCGGCAGGCGGCGCCUGAAGGGGGCAACGGGUAGCCCGCAGGUGACCCCUCACGACUACAUGCUGUUCCUCUACAAGACGCUGUCCGUCACCCAGCGCAGCGGCUUCAACGGCAGUCUCCCGCAAGCGGCGACGCUCGCCAACACCGUCACCAGCUUCGUGGACAGAGGGCAAGAUGAUCGCCACCCCUUUGUGAGGAAGCAGAAGUAUAUCUUCAACAUCAGUGCGAUGGAGAAGGAAGGUUUGCUGGGUGCAGAGCUGCGGAUCCUGAGAACGAGACCUGUGGAUAGGAGGAGAGUGCGGACUCCAGGGAAUGUGUAUACCCUCCGAUUAUCCAAGUGCCCUACAGACAGACAGAAGCCGAUUGUUGUCGACUCUCGAUCCGUCGACCCUUUGGACACACCGAAGUGGGAAGUCUUUAACAUUUGGAAGCUCUUCCGAAUGUCCAGGAAGGAGCAGCCAUUGACGCAGCUCUGCUUUGAGCUGGAAGCCUUGGAUAGAGGCAGGACAGUGGAUUUGAGAAGCUUGGGCUUCAGCAGGGUGGAGCGACAGACCAAAGAGAAAGCCCUUCUACUCGUGUCUGGUAGGACCAAAAAACGGGACUUGUUCUUCAAUGAGGUCAAAGCCAGGUCUGGGCAGGAUGACAAGACAGUUUACGAAUUCCUGUUCAAUCAGAGGAGGAAGAGGAGAGCCCCUCACACAUCCCGCCAGACAAAGGGCAAGAAAGCCAAGCCACGGUGCACACGGAGACCUCUCCACGUGAACUUUAAGGAGAUGGGUUGGGAUGAUUGGAUCAUUGCACCGUUAGACUAUGAAGCAUAUCACUGUGAGGGGGUUUGUGACUUCCCCCUCCGAUCUCACUUAGAACCCACAAACCAUGCCAUAAUCCAGACGCUCAUGAACUCCAUGGACCCAGAAUCCACUCCGCCAAGUUGCUGUGUUCCAACAAAACUAAGCCCCAUUAGUAUUUUGUACAUAGACUCUGCCAAUAAUGUGGUCUAUAAACAGUACGAAGAUAUGGUGGUAGAGUCCUGUGGCUGCAGGUAG